AUUUUUCCCAUGAUUCUUAUUAACAUGGCAAAACAAAAAGAGAUAAGCUUCACUCAUCUUUUAACAAUCUCUUCGUUUUUCGUGGCUCACUCAUCUUCACACCACACUCCUAUAUAUAUACCCCCUCUUUCCUCCGAUAGUGAGAGAUAGAGUCGAUAAUUAUGGAGAGAAUAACGACCUUAUGGUUUUGGUUUAGUCUUAUGAUUUUCUUAGGAAUCUCUAUCAAUGGAGGUUUGUCUCAAGGACAGCAACAUGUUAUGAAGAAGACACGUUCUUCUGCAGUUGUAGUAGGAACUGUCUACUGUGACACUUGUUUUAACGGCGCCUUCUCGAAAUCACCCAACCACUUAAUCUCAGGUGCUUUAGUUGCAGUGGAAUGCAUUGACGAGAACUCGAAACCGAGUUUCAGACAAGAAGUGAAAACAGACAAGCGCGGCGAAUUCAAAGUGAAGCUACCAUUCUCUGUGAGCAAACAUGUGAAGAAGAUCAAGAGAUGCUCUGUGAAGUUGCUAAGUAGCUCACAGCCUUACUGUUCUAUAGCUUCGUCUGCUACUUCUUCUUCUCUCAAACGCCUUAAAUCAAACCAUCAUGGAGAGAAUACUAGGGUUUUCUCUGCAGGGUUCUUCACUUUCAGACCCGAAAACCAACCAGAGAUUUGUAGCCAAAAACCUAUCAAUCUCCGCGGUUCCAAGCCUCUUUUACCGGAUCCUUCAUUUCCUCCACCGCUCCAAGAUCCUCCUAAUCCUUCCCCUCUCCCAAAUCUCCCUAUCGUUCCUCCUCUUCCAAACUUACCUGUUCCAAAGUUACCUGUUCCGGACUUACCUCUUCCUCUAGUUCCUCCUCUUCUUCCACCAGGACCUCAGAAAUCAGCUUCCUUGCAUAACAAGAAAUCUGAUUCCUUGAAAGACAAGAAAACCGAAGCACUAAAACCCAAUUUCUUCUUUCCGCCAAACCCGUUAAACCCGCCAUCUAUCAUCCCUCCAAACCCGCUCAUUCCUUCUAUCCCAACCCCUACUCUCCCUCCAAACCCGCUUAUUCCUUCUCCCCCAAGUCUCCCUCCAAUCCCACUAAUCCCUACUCCCCCAACUCUCCCUACAAUUCCGUUACUUCCUACUCCCCCGACUCCUACUCUGCCACCGAUUCCAACAAUUCCGACUCUUCCACCUCUUCCGGUUCUUCCACCUGUCCCUAUCGUGAAUCCGCCUUCACUACCGCCACCACCACCUUCUUUCCCUGUUCCGCUCCCUCCGGUCCCUGGACUCCCUGGCAUCCCUCCGGUCCCUCUUAUCCCUGGAAUCCCUCCGGCCCCUCUCAUCCCGGGAAUCCCUCCUCUUUCACCUUCCUUUUCUAGUCACCAUCAACCCUAAAUUAGCAAUCCUUUCCUUACAUUUCCAAUUAUGUAAUCUAUAUGUAUCAUCCGCUUUAAAUUGUUACUUUUUUCCUCUGCAUUUUCACUUGUUGGCUUGUUGUCAUUUCAAUAAAUAUUGUUUACUAUGGAGUUUUUAUCUUGCUGCUUUUGUUACAUCAAAAGUCAAUUUAAAAAACAAAUGGCCCAUUUUGACUUCAUUAAGAGAUUCGGAAACUUUUUGUAACUAUCUAAAAGAAUAAGUACCUUUUCGUAAUUAUCACAUUUGUU